UUAAGUUCAUGAAAUGCAGUCUAUAAAAUUGGUCGUGGUGGGCGAUGGUGCCGUGGGAAAAACGUGUCUACUUAUCAGCUACACGGCGAAUGCCUUUCCAAGGGAGUAUGUUCCGACCGUGUUUGAAAACUACAUGGCAAAUAUCACGGUCAACAAUCAGCAAAUUUGCUUAAGUCUUUGGGAUACCGCUGGUCAAGAGGAUUUUGACAGGUUGAGACCGCUUUCAUAUCCAGACACCGAUGUCUUUGUUCUCUGCUUCUCGAUAAUUUCUCCAACCUCCUUUGAAAAUCUCCAGCACAAAUGGUUGCCCGAGUUACGAGAACAUUGUCCUAAUGUGCCCAUCCUGCUAGUGGGUACGAAGCUUGACUUGAGAGAAGACACCGAAAUUCUACAACAGCUUUCCUCGAAAAAUCUAAAACCAAUAACACCAGAAGAAGGGGCGAAAAUGGCGAAAGAUAUUAAAGCAGUUAAAUAUUUAGAGUGUUCUGCUCUAACUCAGGAGUGUCUCAGCCAAGUAUUUGAUGAUGCUGUUAUUGCAGUGCUAAACCCAUCACACUUUUCAAGUAACAAUGACAACAGCUGUUGUAAGAUCGUUUAAAUUUACAUCUCGUUGUUUACUUACAGUGUUAUGUGUAUUAACAUUACCGUGAUACACACACGAGUUCAUAGGGUUAAAAACGAGAGGUAUAUUUUCUUUAAAAUUAGAUAAACACUCAUUCCCGUCA